AUGGCACAGCUCCACAGCGCCAAGGUCUUCACCAAACUAGACCUACAAUGGGGUUACAACAACGUCCAUGUCAAAGAAGGUGACAAGCAGAAAACAGCCUUCCGCACUAAGUAUGGCCUCUACAAAUCCCUAGUCAUGACUUUUGACCUACUGGAUGAUGACGCAUCCCACACUCAGCAUGUCCAUGAAGUCUUACGGUGUUUAAUGGAGAACCAACUGUUUUGCAAGGCCUCCAAAUGUAUGUUCCAUGUGACCUCCAUGGAAUACCUUGGCAUCAUUGUCUCCAAUAAAGGGUUCAGCCUGGACAAACUCAAAAUCCAGGCCAUCCAAGAUUGGCCUACGCCCACUAAGCUUAAAGAAGUUCAGUUGUUCCUAGGGUUUGCCAAUUUUAGUCACAUGGCACGGUCCCUGCAUAACUUGGUCAAAAAGGAUACACCAUGGAAAUGGGAAACUAAGGAACAGGAAGCUAUCCAGGUACUAUGCCACGCCAACCCCACCAAACCCUAUUUCCUGGAAACUGAUGCUUCAGGUGCUGCUCUUGGGUCAAUACUCAGCCAAUGCCAGGAGGAUGGAAGGUUACACCCACUAGGAUUCCUAUUGGAGUCAUUCAAGGGGGCAGAACAAAAUUACAACACUCAUGAUAAGGAGCUUCUGGCAAUCAUCCACUCCUUCAAGUAUUGGCACAUAUUUUUGGAGGGUACCACACACCCCAUUACUGUGUUCACCAACCACCGGAAUCUGGAAUACUGGAAGGAAUCCUGGACGUUCAACCGCCACCACGCACAAUGGCACCUCCUGCUUGCUGGGUACAACUUCCAAAUUGUAUACCAGCCUGGCAAACAAUCCAGUAAACCAGACGCCCUGUCCUGUUGA